AACAUCAACUGGGGGGGAAUUCACUUAGUAAAGUGGGCGUGACAUGGAGUAAAGUGGGUGUGUCGUGGAGGUCUGUGAUUCAAUAUAGCACCGACUCGUGGACACUCGCCACGCUGUACCAGGCUCCACGCGCCCCACGCUGCAGCUAGUGUUCGUCUAUGUUGCAUGGGAAACGGUCCGAGACAGCCCGGGACACCGGCAACACAAAGACAACAGGCAGGGGAAGGUGGGAAAAGUAACGUUUGCCCUAACAUCUCAGUGUAAUCUGCCAUCAUGGUGAACCAGGUUCAUCGAGGGGACGGUAGCUGGCAUUCAUGCAAGAGCGAAUCCAGUGGGGCCAGCAACAGCGGUGGGGAAAGCUCCAAGGAGAGCUCCCGCUGUUCCACACCAGUGUUGGAUGCAGACCGCUCUGACAGACUACGGGACAAGAUGCGGAAGAGGAUGGAGUCCGGGGACCGCUGGUUCUCACUUGAAUUCUUUCCUCCCCGCACAGCCAGUGGAGCUGUCAACCUCAUCUCAAGAUUUGACCGUAUGGGCUCCGGAGGGCCCUUGUUCAUCGACAUUACCUGGCAUCCAGCAGGGGACCCGGGCUCUGACAAGGAAACCUCAUCCAUGAUGAUCGCCAGCACAGCGGUCAACUAUUGUGGCCUAGAGAGCAUUCUCCACCUGACCUGUUGCAACCAGACCAAAGAGAAGAUCACUGGCUACCUGGCCAAAGCAAAGCACCUGGGCCUCAAAAACAUCAUGGCACUAAGAGGAGACCCAGUAGGAGCAGACUGGGAAGAAGAGGAAGGAGGCUUCAACUAUGCUGUUGACCUUGUUAAACAUAUCCGAUCAGAGUUUGAUGACUACUUUGACAUCUGUGUUGCUGGCUACCCCACAGGCCAUCCUGAGGCAGAGAGCUAUGAGGAUGACCUCCAACACCUGAAGGAGAAGGUGGAUGUCGGAGCAGACUUUGUCAUCACCCAGCUGUUCUUUAGGGCCGAGACUUUCCUUAAGUUUCUAGAUGACUGCCGGUCGACUGGUAUCACGUGUCCCAUCCUACCUGGAAUCUUCCCCAUUCAGGGUUACCAGUCUCUGCGUCAGCUUGUCAAGCUGUCCAAGCUCGAGGUACCAGAGGAGAUCACCAGAGUCAUUGAGCCCAUCAAAGACAACGACGCUGCUAUCCGUAACUAUGGAAUCCAACAAGCAGUGCAGAUGUGCCGAGUACUGCUGGACAGCGGCAAGGUACCUGGCCUCCACUUCUACACACUGAAUCGAGAGGUCGCCACCAUGGAGGUCCUCCGACAGCUGGGCAUGUGGAUAGAAGACCCCAGGCGGCCUCUUCCCUGGGCGGUGAGUGCACAUCCCAAGCGGAAGGUAGAGGAUGUUCGACCCAUCUUCUGGGCAUCUAGACCCAAGAGCUACAUCUACAGAACUCAGGACUGGGAUGAGUUCCCUAAUGGCAGAUGGGGUAACUCCUCAUCUCCAGCUUUUGGUGAGUUAAAUGACUACUACCUGUUCUACUUGAAGAGCAAGUCAUCCAAAGACGCACUGCUGCAGAUGUGGGGUGAGGAGCUAAUGAACGAGGAGAGCGUAUAUGAGGUCUUCACCUGCUACAUCACAGCCCAAGCAAACCGCAGUGGACACAAGGUGAUGUGUUUGCCGUGGAACGAUGAGCCUCUUGCCCAAGAGACCAACCUGCUGAAGGAAGAGCUGGAGAAGGUGAACAGACGAGGCGUGCUCACUAUCAACUCCCAGCCCAACAUCAACGGCAAACCCUCCACAGACCCUAUAGUAGGCUGGGGACCUGCGGGAGGCUACGUCUUUCAGAAGGCCUAUCUGGAGUUCUUCACCUCCAGUGAAAAUGUGACUGCCCUCCUCAAAGUACUGAAGAAGUACGAGCCCCGUGUCAACUACCACAUUGUUAACGUGCACGGCCAUAACCUGACCAACGCCCCAGACAUGCAGCCGAAUGCUGUGACAUGGGGGAUCUUCCCUGGCAGGGAGAUUGUUCAGCCUACUGUAGUGGACCCAGUCAGCUUUAUGUUUUGGAAGGAUGAGGCCUUUGCUCUGUGGAUCGAGCAGUGGGCCAAACUCUAUGAAGAUGAGUCUCCAUCACGGAUGAUCAUCAAGUAUAUCCACGACAACUACUUCCUGGUCAAUCUGGUGGACAAUGACUUUCCACUGGAGAACUGUCUGUGGCAGGUCAUCGAUGACAUGUUUGAGCUGCUCGAUGCACCUCCAGAGCCACUCGAUGGAACUCUCUGAAUAAAAUCCAUCAUUUCAAACGUUUUUUUUUUUUUUUUUUUUUAGGGAAAAGCACCAUGAAAUUGUUGAUAUUUUAUGCAUUGUCUUUUACUGCUGCUAUUAAGAACACAGAACUUACUUCACAGUAUUUUUUAAAAGAGUUUUUUUAGCAUUUCAGUGAGUGGUGAAUUUGGUAAAAGAAAAAGAAACAGUACUGUGUGAUCUAUACCAUAUUCAGUCGUUCAUACAAAACAAAUAUUUGACCUCCAACAACUACCAAAUGACACCUGUGCUCGUACAGAUUUAUAGUUACCUGGUUACCAGACAAGUUUGUUUGUGGAUACAUCUCACUGAGUAACCACAGAAGAUGCUAUAUACUUUGUAAAGUGUUUUUAGUGAAUGUUUUUAUUUCCAUAGGAUACUUCAAAUGGUAUAUUUGAAUUGCUUUUUUAAUGCUUUUGAAUAAUAAAUGAUGAUUGAUGUGUAUACUGUUGUGGGUGAAAACCCAGUAUAGAGAUGUAAUGCAGAUAGAGAUGUUGUGUAUGAGUGAAACUUCUUUUUAAUCUUAGUUUCAUGAUGACACUAUGACAAUAAGAAUAAGACAGACAGUCAAAUGUG